CUGGGUUAAAUAGCGAUAAAAUUGAAAAACCAGAGCAAAGACCAUCACAUCUGAGAUCAAAUUCCCCAGUCGAAGCCCUAAAGUUUUCUUUGGAUUUGUUGUAUUUAUCGUUCACAAUGGGAUUAUGGGAAGCUUUUCUCAAUUGGCUACGAAGUCUCUUCUUCAAGCAAGAAAUGGAGCUAUCUUUGAUAGGCCUUCAGAAUGCUGGAAAAACAUCACUUGUAAAUGUUGUUGCAACUGGUGGAUACAGUGAAGAUAUGAUCCCAACGGUAGGAUUUAAUAUGAGGAAGGUAACUAAAGGGAAUGUCACAAUAAAGCUGUGGGACCUUGGAGGUCAACCAAGAUUUCGCAGUAUGUGGGAGAGAUACUGCCGUGCAGUUUCGGCUAUUGUGUGCGUCCCUUUUCUAUUUCCUUAACCUUGCCUGUGAACCUACAAGCUUCUUAUUUUUUACUUAUUUCUCUCGUAAUUUUGAGAUGACAUUGGUUAUAAAAAGGAAAAAUAAAUUUUAUGAUGAAGUUGGAAUGUUUUAUUCUUAAUAUUCUGUUAUAUGCAUCUUCUUCUUCUUGUUUAGUCUUUUCACAGAAUACAUCUUCAUGAAGCUCUGGUGAUGAAAUUUUACCAUGUUAGUGAAUACAUUGCCUCUCCCCACCUCCCCUCCCCUUUUUUAAGCAUUUCUGACGUUUAUAGUCACCAUGUAUCAUGGUUUCAUACUUUAAGCUCAAGCAUUUCUGUCAAAAGAAAUGCCAUCAUAGGCCCCUGAACACACUUGUUAAUAUGCACUCUUGUAGCGAAGUACAGGGAUUUUUUAU